AACAGGUGCCACCGCCACUCAGGUGCCAAAUGCCCAGGGCGCUCCAACGGCCUCCGGCUGCAGCAAUGCGAACAAGCAGCAGCAGCAACAGCAGCAGCAGACUCAACAGCAACAGUCGCAACAGCAACACACGCCUGCGGUCAGCAGUUUUCAGAGGGCCAACUUCCCUCAGCAGUCGCAUAAAAGCAACAUGAACAUGAUGGCCAUGGCAGAUGUAAUGAGCAAGUACCAGCAACAACAGCAGCAACAUCGCCAGCAGCAGCAGCCACAGCAGCAGCAACAUGCAACGCAGAAAGGACUCGAGGGGCUUCUAUUGACCAACAGCAACACAACAAACACAAACAACAGCAACAGCAGCAGCAGCAGUAUUAGUAACUUAAUCAUUAGCCAUAAUUCAGCCAGCAAUCCAGGCAGCAAAAUGCAGCAACAGCAACAGCAACAACAAACCACCAGCACUUGGGGCCAAAGUGAUGCCAUUUCGGCUCUGUGGGGCUGUUCCAGCAGCAGCAGCGGUUGCUCCUCGGGCAGCGGAUCGCAGCCCUCGUUGAGUCCGACGGCCAGCAGUCAUGGCAACGAUGGCUCCAAGAUGAUGUUGUGGGCGGCGGCCCAGAGUUCGCCACAAAAUGCAGCAGCAGCAGCAACACUCAGGGAUGGAUUCAAGGAGUUGCAACAGCAGCAGCAGCAGCAGCAAGUGCACCCUGCCCACGCAGCCUCGCCCACAGCUUCGCUGACUAGUUCCAGUUCCUCGUCGAACGGAUGGAGUGGCUCGCAUUAUGGCAAGCCCAAUAUCUGGGAACUGCCGGGACAGAGGACUCCGGCCAGCAGCCACGACAUCUUCACCGAUCUCCUGUGCAACCUGAGCAUCAGUCAGGAAAAUAGCAGCAGUCAGCUGGCCAAAGUCGAUGCCUCUGCCUCCGACGUCAGCUCGAAUUCCUCCUCCUCGGCUGGGGAACUCCUGGAGGCCGCGAAUAUCUGGAGGUUUCCGGAAUACGCCAGUCAGCUGUACAACGAGGAGCCCACUGGUGGCGCCGCCGCCUGCAUGCAGCUCUUCAACGACUAUCUCAGCAUGAACUAAAAACAAAACAAAAGCCUGCAGCAUUUGUUACUCUAGCUAAAUUUAUACAAAAAAAAAAAGAAUAACGUGAGAAAAGAGUAAGCAGGAGAAAGAAGGAGGAGAAGCAAAUGUUUUAGUUUUUAAAAUCAUUUGAUUUUUUAUAUACAAUCACACCACAACAACCAACACACAUCUGAAAACCGAGAGAAAACAAUGCAAACUAAAAACAAUUUUCUUGUUAUUUUUGUUGAGUUUUUUUUAGUUCUUUGUUUACACACCUACCUAAACAAAAAAA